GCAAAUGGUCAAUCGAUGUAUGUGGGUGGAGAUAUUGCAGAGUCCUGGAUUGACGUGGACAAGAUGUCUUAUUUUGAGAUCAAGGGUCAUUUAGCUGAUCAUUUCAAAACUGACAGUAUUCUGCGGCUUUAUUGGUUGAAGCCAGGGAAGAAUAUAGGGGAUGGACUAGUCAUGUUGACAGAUGAUGCUUCCUGUCAGUUUAUGCUUGAUGAGCAGAGAGAUGGUCUAUUGGUAGACAUGUAUGCAGAGGAGGUGGGUAUGCAGAUGACUGCUGAUGACGAAGACAUCUGGGCCCGAGAUGAUGAGGCAGAUGAUGGUCACAUACAAGUGGAUGAAGCAUUAGCAGGAAAAACACCUGUGAUAUCUCCAACUUCGAAGUUGCAAUCCAAGGAUUAUGCAUCAUUUUGUGCAUUCUAUAGGAGCCCUGCCAAGCUGUCACAGGAGUAUAUGUACAAUGAUGGGGAAGAUGUGGUAACAAAAAAUGAUGUUGAAGAUGAUUACAAGGGAUUAGGUGUUGAUGGAAAUGUGUUAGCUGACAGUGAUGGCUCUGGUGCAGACAGUGCUGAUGAUUCAUUAGACAGUGAUUAUGUGCAAGCCUCAGAUGUUGAUAGCUCUGCAGAGGAAGAAGAAGCUGCAGAAAUGAGAAAGUUUGCAUCUGAAAUCAAGAGAAAAAACAAAGCAAAGAAGCUGGGUGUUCAUGGUAGUCAAAUAAGACUUGAGGAUAUAGUUGCAGAGGUGCCUGACUUGGAAGAACCUGGUAGUCCAUAUCAGGAGUCAAGUGAUGAUUAUUCAUAUGAUGAGACCAGUGAUGGUGAGAGUGUAAGGUGGAAGAGCAUGGAAAACAGGUAUGACAGCAAGGCUCCAAUUCCAGUGUUUGAUCUUGGAAUGGCAUUCAGAUCAAGCAGGCACUUCAAAAAAGCAUUAGUAAAGUAUGGAUUGAAGACACACCAUCACCUUAAAUUUGUCAAAGAUGAAGAGAAGAAGGUUAGGGCAGUGUGUACUUGGCCUGGAUGCAAAUGGUUGAUUUAUGGGUCCAUUACAAGCAGAUCUGAAUGGCUGAAGGUGGUUACAUUUGAUGAUGUUCACACUUGUCCUCCAAGGAGGAACAACAAAUUAGUCACUUCUACCCUGAUUGCCAAGCAUUACUACCAAGAAAUAAGGGACAACCCCACUUGGAAGGUAGGACAGAUGCAGAUAAGAGUUCAGAAAGAUUUCCUAUCAGAUGUGUCACUAUCCAAGUGUAAGAGAGCAAAAUCCAUUGUCAUGCAGAAAGUUUUAGAUGGAAUGAAGGGAGAGUACUCGAGGGUAAAUGAUUAUCAAUUGGAGCUACUAAGGACCAAUCCUGGCAGCACCAUUGUUGUGACACUGGACCCUGAAAUUGAGGACAGGAAAGUGUUUGAGAGAUUUUAUGUAUGUUUUGAUGCAUGCAAGAAGGGAUUCAUGUCUGGGUGUAGGAAAGUGGUAGGCUUGGAUGGGUGCUGGCUCAAAGGGUCCCAUAAUGGCAAUCUAUUGUGUGCAAUAGGAAGAGAUGCUAAUAAUCAGAUGUACCCUGUUGCAUGGGCUGCUGUUCCAAUAGAAUGUUAUGAUACUUGGUACUGGUUCCUUGGUCUCCUUCAGAAAGAUCUUAACAUCAACAAUGGUGGGGAUGAUUGGGUCAUCAUAUCUGAUCAGCAGAAGGGGCUGCUCAAGGCUGCUGCUGAGUUGAUGCCCAAUGCUGAGCAUAGAAUGUGUGCUAGACACAUUUAUGCUAACUGGAGGAAGAAAUAUACUAACAAAAAGUUGCAAAAGAAAUGGUGGAGGUGUGCAAAGGCGUCCUGUAGGCCUUUGUUCAACCUAUAUAGAGCAUAUCUGGCCCAGGAUACACCAGAUGGAGCUAAGGACAUGAUGUCAACUUCACCAGAGCAUUGGAGUAGAGCUUUCUUCAGAUUGGGUUCGAAUUGUGAUUCAGUAGACAAUAUGUGUGAGAGCUUCAACAAUAACAUCAUGGAUGCAAGGUUCUAUCCAGUCAUCUCAAUGAUGGAAGCCAUAAGGAAGAAAAUAAUGGUCAGAAUUCAGGAAAACAGAACCAAGGCAGAAAGAUGGAUAGGGACAGUAUGUCCAAACAUCUUUAGGAAGUUAAAGGUCAAUAUUGCCAGGUCAGGAUGCUGCAUUGUUCUCUGGAAUGGAGCAGAUGGAUUUGAGGUGCAAGAGAAGGAAGACAGGAAAUAUGUGGUGAACUUGCAGCAGAGAUCUUGCACUUGUAGGUACUGGUAGCUCUCUGGCCUACCUUGUUGCCAUGCAAUCAGUUGCAUAUACAAGGCAUCAUUGCAAGUUGUUGACUUCAUUGCAAACUGCUACAGCAUAGUUGAGUACCAGAAGACUUAUGCUCAUGUCCUGCAACCAAUUGAAGGUCCAGGCAAUUGGCCAAUUUCAGACAUGCCAAGGCCAGAUCCCCCAGCAUAUGUGAAGAUGCCUGGCAGGCCCAAGACAGAAAGGAGGAGGGAAAUUGGAGAGAAGCCGAAAGGCACUAAACUCAGCAGGGUUGGGAUCAAGAUGACGUGCAGGCUAUGUAAGAGAGAUGACCACAAUGCUAGAAAGUGCCCAAAAAAUCCUGAAGCUGGAAAGAAAGCUAAAGCUCACAUCAAAAGAGAAAAAGCAAAGAAGAGGAAGGCCCAAGAAGGUGCUGGUUCAUCCAAGAAGAAAGGCAAAACUUGUAAUAAACAGAUGGGUGGUCCAAGCCAGCCUGAGUCAAGCCAAGGCCCAAGCCAGCCUGAGUCAAGCCAAGACCCAAGGCAGGCUGCACCACAUGGCCGAGGUGGAAGACAACCUGGUGGUUCUAGUGGAACAAGGGCAGGAACAAGAAGGCUUCAGCAUAUGCUAUUUGGAGACAACUACUGAUCAUUUGCUGGAUGUAAGGCUUCAGCCUGUUAGUAUUUUUUAGGGCAUACAAACUGCCACAAAUUCCAGUGUAGUUGCGCUUACAAACUGAGUACCUUUUGUGUAAGAUACAAACUGUGUGUUAGAUGGAUGCGCACUCUGUGUAAGGUUCCAUGCUGGAGGGAAAUGGAUGGGACUAGUUAAUGUCUGUGUCCUCAA